AUGGCUGGCCACAAGAGUCCCCGGACGAAACUCGAUCCGACCAAGAAGCGCAAGCGGGACCUGAAUGAGAACGACUCGAGAUCGAAGCGCCUCAGAGCUGAGCGGAAGUUGAACAAGGCCAAUGGGCGCAAGUCGGAUGCCAGUGAAUUGACCAGCGCGAAUGGCGUCGUAGCUGAGCUGGAUGGGCUCGCAGGAGCUCUGGAGGCUCCUGGAUCCAGGGAGCUCGAGAUUGUCCGACAAUUCGACAAUGCUGAGGCAGGAUGGCGCGUCUCCAAGCCCAUGGGUGGCAGGAUGCUCGAUAUCGACCCUAUCCUGACCGAAGAUGAACAACAUCUUAUCAUCGCCUACAACACCUCGAUCCAGGUGUACUCGGCAGCCGACUCCUUGCUUGUGCGCCGAAUCCCAAUCACCGCAGCCGACUCGUCAGAACAAAAGGCCACGGCGCCUACCCACAUUGUCGCAAUGCGGCAGUCAAAGCAAGACUCGAAUAUCAUCUGGGUCGCAUGCUCCGAUGGCCAUGUGUUCCACGUCGACUGGACAAGCUCAAAGACCCCCGUGUCGUUCCAAACGCGAUCCCGAACUGCCAACGCUCUGGUGGUCUUGACGAAGAACAUCUCUGGAAAGGCACAGGAACUCGUUCUUGUUGCCGAGUCGGAUAAGCCCGGACGGAUAGAGGUUGUCGCAUACUCAGCAAAUGUCAAGGCGGAGUCUGAACCCAAGGUUGUCUUGGCGAUGAAGAAGUCGGGUAACGGCCUGCAACUGCUGGAAGCGAGCGAUGACGGCCAGGUCCUGGUCGGUGGAUUCAACGAUCGCCUCUUCUUUGGCGUCCCUUCCCAGCCUCAAUUUGACAACCUGGCGGCCUUGGAGUAUGAGAUCUACACCUUCGAUGUCCCGGACCUCGUUACCGCCCUCGACCUCAGAGUGUACCCCAGGCCAGCGACAGGAGGAAGAAAGGCGCGACAGGAGACUGCGCCUGUGCUCGACAUUAUUGUUGGUGGCGCCCGCGGUUCCAUCUAUCUCUAUCGCGACGCCCUGGCUCGAAGCCAGGCCCUUGCCAAGUCCGGUUCUGAUAAGGAGCCCAUUCAAGCACAAAACUUCCACUGGCAUCGAAGAGCUGUGCAUGCGGUGAAAUGGUCACGAGAUGGCCACUACAUGAUCUCAGGAGGUUCCGAAAAUGCUCUGGUGCUAUGGCAGAUGGACACUGGAAGGAAGGACUUCCUGCCGCAUCUUUCUGGCUGUGUUGAGAACAUCACCGUUUCCUCGAAUGGAUCAGCCUACGCCGUCCACCUUGACGAUAACUCGGCCAUGAUCAUUUCAACCGCCGAGAUGAAGCCAACAGCAUACGUUGCUGGCAUUCAGUCGGCUGCUGUCAAUGUCUCGACGCCCAAGGAUCAAUUGGUUCAGCGAACGUGGAAAGCCCCUGAAGGUGUCCAACGGCCGAUCCCGGCUGCCAUUAACCCAUCCGACCACUCAAGAUUGCACGUUUGUGUUGGAAACGGUCGUCAGGCUACUCUUGCGGGAGGGUUCUCUGCCCCUUUGCUGCAGACAUUCGACCUCGAGUCCUUCCGAAGUGUUUCGCAGCAAGCCCUAGCUCGCACUCAACCCACAGACGUCAACAUCACCAACAAGGGUCACCCCAUUGGCGAGCCCCUCAUCACCCAUAUCGCAUUCUCGGCUGACGGAGAGUGGCUUGCUAGCGUGGACACCUGGGAACCCUCAUCACGAGACGUGGAUAAUGUCCUCAGCGAUAUGAAAGACCAGUUCAUCCAUGAGCGAAGAGAAGUCUACCUGAAGUUCUGGGAGGCGCGAAAGGGUGAGGAGCAGAUCGCUCUUGUUUCCAGGAUCAACGCGCCUCAUGCUACAAGCCGUAACGAGGCGGUUCUUGAUUUGGCGUCGAACCCCGUCUCGACAUGCUUUGCGACUAUCGGCACUGAUGGCUCAGUCCGCCUGUGGCGCCCCAAGACGAGGUCUCAGAAUGGCAUUCUCGUGAAGGGCCCCAACGGCCGGGAGGUCUUUACCUGGAGCUGCUCGCAAGUGAUUGCUGUGGGUGACGGCGUGUCCCCAGACGGCACCGUCGACAUCCCCGACUCAUCCGCCAAGUACGAGCCUCAGGGAAGCAUUGCCUUUUCAGAAGACGGCUCAACCCUUUUCGUGGCUUUCGGAACGGCUGGCUCUGGCUCAGUCUAUGUAAUUGACGCUGCAUCUGGCGAGGUGGUCAAGACACUUGAAGGUCAAUGGAAGGGUCAGUUGCGGUCUAUUCGCGCCCUUUCGCCAUUUGUCGUCAUUCUGUCUGAUGAGCUGCGGGUCUACGAUGUCGUGAGCGAUGAGCUUCGCUACGGUAUUGUGAUGCCCGAAUCACUACAGGCCAACGAGCUGCUUCAACUCGCCGUUGAUCACACCUCUGGGCACUUUGCUCUUGCUCUGCCAGCGAGCGAGGGCUCCCUCCUGGCCGUGUUUGAGCCUGAAGAGACAGAGCCCUUGUUGGUGCGCAGCACACCUCAAAGGGUUGUGAGCCUGGUAUCUGCCCCUGACACAAGCGGUUUCAUUGCUCUUGACGAUGCGGCUCAGGUGUGGGUAGUUGCGGAGGGAUCCGACCCCUCGUCCCUCGCCACUGUUCAGCCUCUAGAGGACCUGCGCCUUGAAGGCACUGAGCUAAACGGCGGUGGCAAGGUUGCUCUCAUUGAUGAGGAUGAGGAGAUGGCGAGUGACGACGAGGCCGAGGCUGAAGGCGAAGUCGAAGCCGAGGAUGUGGAGAUGGAAGACGACGAUAUUCACCACAGCGUCAUCAACCAGCAGCACUUGGCAGAUAUCUUUGAUGCUGCUCCUGCGUUCGCCGCACCUCCGAUUGAGGACAUGUUCUACAAGGUUACGGGCCUGCUCGCGACAAAGCCUCUCUCGGCUUCAUGA